UUUCCCUUUGAAUGCCGACUUCGGUGAAUGGUGGUCACUUAUUGUGAAGCCAUAGAAAUUCUUAGUUGGACAAACUGCUUUGGUUUUAUUUUAUAACGAACUUUUAAUCGAAAGUAAAUCAAUACACCAAAAUGGAAAAAUUGCAUGAGUAUCAAGGGCUAACCGGUCGUCUCCACCAAUGGAGAGAUAAUGUUAAAGAAAAAUAUACUUCAAUCAAUCAAGGCUCUACAAACAUUUUUGAAAAAGCUAAAAGUACUGCAAUGGAUCAACUUAAAGGUAAUGCAAGUGCGAACGUGGACUACUCACAUAUUUAUAGAUACAAAACUCGCGCAGAACUAGUACGAGUAUCCGCUGCAGUAAUGGGGAUUGAAUUUUCAUAUGCCGCGGAAACAGCUUUUGUGUCACCAACAUUGCUUAAAAUUGGCGUGGAGCAUCAGCACAUGACGUUGGUUUGGGCUCUUUCACCUCUAGUCGGAUUUUUCCUGUGCCCUAUUUUGGGGUCAUUUUCAGAUCGUUGCAAAUUAAAUAUGGGACGACGGCGCCCGUUUAUAAUUAUUUUGUCUAUAGGUGUUUUUCUUGGGUUGAUAUUGGUGCCAAAUGGGGAAACCUUGGGAUAUUGGUUCGGUGAUGUAGACCCACAUUUGCAGGCUGUUGCAAUGAAUACGACGUAUAAUAUAACGUAUAAUUAUUUAAAUAUUAUACCUCAUAAAACGACUGCGUCGAAGUCAGAGAGCGAAAUCUAUUCUAAGACAUCACAUCCUUGGGGUAUUUUUUUUACCGUGCUAGGUACUGUGCUACUCGACUUUGAUGCGGAUGCCUGUCAAAGUCCGUCCAGGGCUUACCUAUUGGAUGUGUGCAUCCCAGAAGAUCAUGCCAAGGGGCUAUCUACAUUCACUAUUAUGGCUGGCCUUGGAGGCUUUUUUGGUUAUUCAAUGGGUGCCUUAAACUGGGAUGAAACCGAAAUUGGUAGACGCUUAGGAGGACAUGUCAAGGCAGUCUUCACUAUUAUUACAUUUAUUUUCAUCGCCUGUGUAACAUUUACGAUAACCAGCUUUACUGAAAUUCCGCUUUGGGCGCUUUCUUCCACUUUACGGAAAACAGAAAAACACCAGUUAGACAGCGCAACUGUAAAUUAUGGUACCAUUAAUAAUGGUGAUGAGAGUAAAAUGGAUGAAAAUUAUCUUGAGCUGACACCCCCAGUGACAUCAGAAAGCCCUUGCGCCAAUAAAGAGAACUUUGACGAAACUUCAUUUAUUGAACAUCAGGAACCAUUGAAACAAUCAACAGAUGAACCUGUGGCCGAUUUUUCUAUGCCGCAAAACGAUGUGGAAGUUCAGUCUUUAUCGCAUUAUUUACUUUCUAUUGUGUACAUGCCGUACUCCCUGCGCAUAGUUUGUCUCACAAAUCUUUUUUGCUGGAUGGCACAUGUAUGCUACUCGCUUUAUUUUACCGACUUUGUCGGGGAAGCUGUAUUUAAUGGUGAUCCCAGAGCUUUGGAAGGUUCAAUUCCUCAACGGAAAUACGAGGAGGGUGUUCGCUUCGGAUGCUGGGGUAUGGCGAUGUAUUCCCUUUCCUGCGCCUGUUACUCUCUGGUCAUUGAUAAACUCAUUCAACGUUUCAGGGCCAAAUCUGUAUAUGUUGGAGGACUGCUUUUCUACUGCUUUGGCAUGACAUUAAUGGCGCUUUCUCGCGCUAAAUUUAGUGUCAUUCUUUUUAGUUGGACGGCAGGUGUCAUGUACUCUACGCUUUUCACCAUGCCUUACUUGCUAGUGGCGCAUUACCAUUCCAAAGGCACAUUUGAAGUAGACGGCAGCGGUUGUGCAAAAUUUGAAUCUGGAGUACGCGGCUUGGGUACAGAUGUUGCAAUCGUUAGCAGUAUGGUUUUCCUAGCUCAAUUUAUUCUUUCAAUAUGCAUGGGUGUUAUUGUUAAACUUACUGGAACUACUACAGCUGUUAUAAGUACGGCCAGCUUUUUAAGUUUUUGUGGUGCUUUAUCAGCAUCAAAAAUUAUUUAUCUAGAUCUAUAAUUUGUUAUAAGAAGUAUGUUGCAAAACAACCAGAUGAAUAAUCAAAAUAAUGUUUUGUUCACCUCUAGGGGAUAUUGUUAACAGCAUAAAUUCCAAAGCAAACACUGCUAUUAAAUAAUUAAUAUUUCAAAAUAAAUAUCAAUUGAAUCUGUUUUUAAUUGUAGUAUCAAUAUUGACAUACUGGUGCAAUAAAUAUCUCGUUUCAUAA